CUCAAGUCCCACAAUACACCGCGAGCGGUCGUCCACAUUUGCUAGCUAGUCCGCAAGUGUCAAAUCCAAGAUGGCGCUCUACCGCUUCCUGCAGUUGUCUUCCAUGCUGCGCUCGGCGGUCAACCUGACCUUGCGUAGAAACAUUGGCCUCUCCGCCGUGGUCCUCAACCGAGCAAAAGAUUUGGAUCCAGUGCAGAAACUCUUCCUGGACAAGAUCCGGGAAUACAACACCAAGAGCAAGGCGUCUGGCGGCAUCGUGGACGCAGGCCCUGGGUAUCAGAAGAACAUGGCUGAAGAGGUGUCCAAACUGGAGAGGUUAUACGGUGGGGGAGAUCUUUCAAAAUUCCCUGACUUCAAAUUCCAAGACCCCAAGCUGGAUGAGGUGGCCAAGUGAGUGCGCUUAAAGCUUGUAAAUCACCAAUGUAUAAUAUUUAAUAAUAAAACGAUGGUUGACAUCUCCA